AUGUCAUCCAAGACGACGCCAGCCAUCCCUCCGGUGGCCCUUGAUGCUAUCACACAACACAUUGGCAACACUCCUCUCGUGAGAUUGAACAAGUUGCCGCAGAGCCUCGGAAUUAACGCGACAGUAUAUGCGAAACUGGAAUACUUCAACGCAGGCGGGAGUGUUAAGGAUCGGAUAGCCCUUCGCAUGAUUGAAGAGGCCGAACGGUCAGGGCGUAUCAAGCCUGGCGACACUCUAAUCGAACCCACCAGUGGUAAUACUGGUAUUGGAUUGGCUCUUGUCGCAGCCGUUAAGGGCUAUAAGACAAUUAUCACCCUCCCCGAAAAGAUGUCUGCCGAAAAGGUCUCUGUUUUGCGCGCACUCAACGCCACUAUUAUCCGUACUCCUAAUGAAGCUGCAUACGACUCGCCUGAAUCCCAUAUUGGCGUUGCAAAACGUCUCGAAAAGGAACUUCCGAACGCACAUAUUUUGGACCAAUAUGGAAAUGAAAACAAUCCUCUAGCGCAUGAGUUCGGCACAGCGGAAGAGAUUUGGACCCAGACUAAGGGUGAUAUAAAGGCAAUUGUUGCUGGCGCAGGUACUGGUGGAACAAUCACCGGUCUUUCUCGUGGGUUGAAAAAGCAUAAUUCCAACAUUCAAGUGAUCGCCGCGGAUCCCCAGGGGUCUAUUUUGGCUCUACCAACAGCAUUGAACGAGGAACAUGCCAACGAAGCAUAUAAGGUUGAAGGUAUUGGAUAUGAUUUCAUUCCCCAAGUACUAGAUCAGCAUGCCGUCGACAAGUGGUAUAAGACAGACGACAAAGAAUCUUUCAAAUAUGCUCGCCGGUUGAUUGCAGAAGAGGGACUUCUUGUUGGUGGAAGCAGCGGAAGCGCAAUCGCUGCUCUCGUACAAGCUGCACAAGAUAAUCGGUUCAAAGCAGACGAGGUUGUCGUUGUAAUUUUGCCCGACAGCAUCAGAAGCUAUCUCACCAAGUUCGCUGACGACGAUUGGCUGGCCGCAAACGACCUUUUCCCAUCAUCACUUCCGACUGAGAUCACUCUUCAACCUUCUAACAAACAGCCCCAGAGACAAGAUGACGCCUUCAUGGGCAACAAGGUCAGCUCACUACGACUCAAGCCAAUUACGACAGUUCAUUCCAACAUACCCUGCGAAAUUGCCAUUGAAAUCAUGCGCGACAGAGGUUUUGACCAACUCCCGGUCCUCGCACCGUCGGGUAAAAGGCUUGUCGGCCUCGUCACACUCGGAAAUGUUCUAAGCCGACUGACACACAACCGCGCAAAUGGCAAAAGCCCAGUUGCAGACGUCAUGUUCGAUUUCCGCACCAUCCCAGAGGUCGUCACUGAUCCACGAGACAUGGGUCUUACGAGCAUCAAGCCCAAUCAAAACGGUGGGGAUGUGCCAAAGCCACAGAUCAGAAAUCGAAAGUUCGUGGAGAUCACUCUAGAUACCCCUCUGAGUGUGCUGAAUCGCUUUUUUGAAUGGAAUAGCGCUGCUAUUGUUACCGACAAAGAUCAGAGCGGGAUCCUCAGACCUGUGGCUGUUGUCACGAAAGUUGACCUUCUUACUUGGAUGCUUCACCACAGCAAGAACAGUGCAUAA